GUAUCAAAGAAGCCGAGGAGCCGAGCUUUGCAGCAAUGCUCUUGUCCCCCCAAAGUUUUCAGAUGUCGAGGUGAAGAGCAAAUAUCGAGCCCGUGAACUGCUUGAUCGAGCUCUACAGGCAAGAAUAGAUCGCAAGCAAGAAGAGGCCAAUUGUCAGCGACGCCAGCGACAACGCAUUUUGCUGGAGCAGCUGUGUAACAGAUGCUUCGCGCAGGAACCUGCACAAGACCCAGCUCCAGGUGCAGCGUUUUGGAAACGUCACAGCUACUGCGCAAGAGCUCGAUGUCACGAUGUCGCUGAUGGCCAUAUGUCCUCGUCCGUUAACAAAAGCCAGGCUCAAACCGCCCGGCUUCACCGCGAAUUGGCUCGUCGAGCUCCAGCACAUGCAGAUGAUUCCAUCCGGGCCGUUCUCAGUGGUCAACGUAUGCCACGUACACCGCCAGCUUGCAAACCUUCCAGCGGGCCGGGAAUUCAGAGCGAUCACUUCCAGGUCAGCUAUGACCGGAGGGAGCCGUAUGUGAUGGCCUACAAUACGGCAUCAGCAGGCUUCGAUCGCAAGCAAAAAUGGAGUUUGCAAGAGGGACUUGCCGGAAGUUUCCGGGUCCCGAAGGUCAGAGCAAUAUAUGGUCACGAUGAGACUGAGUUGGACAUGGUUAAUGCGGCGCAAGCCAUGGAGCAAGUUGCUGGAGGUGGUAGAGGCAUUGCCAACAAGAUCUUGGGAUUGAGAGCCAGGGGUGCUGCAUGGGACCGCAUAGGCCCUUUCGCGAAAGCUGCGCAGGCUGCUGCCUUUGAGAUGCCCAAAGAGCUGGCGCUGGAGGUGGCACUUUGCCUUGCAGAGGCUGCCGGGGAGGCAACAGGCAGCAUGGUCCACAAGGAGGUUGAGCCUGUUCCCUUGAUGGACGAGAUCUCAGAUGCUGCUGAGGCUGCUGGACACCUUUGCGCUGCCGCUAUGUCUUUGUUGGCGUCUGCUGCUGCACGAGCUCGCGAUGCUGACGGUGUGGACUUUCCUUUACGUGGACUUGAAGUGAUUGCAGAAACUGGCCUUGGCUGGGCUGCAUUUUCAAACAUGUUUUUGGUCGCGAUGUUUGCCCAGCUUCAACGCUGCAAUCAGGCCCAGCUUGAGAUUUCUGAAGAAGCGGCGGCCCGACUAAGUGAGGUUUUGGUCUGGGCUUCUGACUGCUACGACAUCGCAAGCAAGCUGGCACCUGCCGGCAGGCGCGUUGUGAGGGCUGCACAAAGGACUCUGCGUGCUAUGACUGCCCACGGGCCUUGUGAUGCGGGCAUGCUAGCCAAGCUAGCUUUGCUUGACAGCCUGGCCGUGCGACCAGCAUGA